GUGACUUAUACACAUCAUCUUUUGUAUUUGCAGAUAUCGUAACCAUGUCACGUCCAAAUUCCGUUAAAAAUGACAAAGAAGUUAACGCUGUUAUCUUUAAUAUGAAAGAACAGAGAUGUCUUUUGAAGAAUUUACAUACACUUGAUGCAGAAGCUUCAUAUUCGUUAAAGUUAAUCGACCUUAAUAACCGUGGGAUCAAACUCUUCUACCGACGGUUCAAAGACAAAGUGAACAAAAUAAAGUCUCAUCUUCAAACGGACGAAAUUGCUCGUCUCAAAGUUUUAGAUGAAAGUGGCAAAAUGAAAGAGCUUGUGAAGCCUUUAAACAUUACAGGUGCUCUUAGAAUUGCAGAUGCAGAAAAACGUCUGAAACUCCAAGGACGCGAUCACCAAAGAAUGUCGAGAAGGGCGAUGCAUCGGAAGAGUAGUGAUGCACUCCCCGAAUCUCCGCGAAUGCUUCGUCCAAACACUUGCAUAGGUAGUCUUAGAAGAGAUUCAGUUCGUCCAAAACGCCCGAGAAGUUUAUCCACGGGACGGAAAAGUCCAAUUAUUACUUUAUCAUCCCCCGUGGCUGAAAAACAUUCAAAAGAUGAAGUAAGCAACCAAAGCACUAGUGAAGCCCUGAAACUUGAUCAAGCUGCAUGUAGCCAUGUUUCAAAUGAAACAAAAUUGCUGACUGUUCCUAACUCAAUAGAUUCUCAUGAAAGUCAAACGGAAAACACACAGCAAUCUUCUGCUUGUUCGGUUGUGGAAAACCAGUCUGAAACUGAAAAACAGAAACCAGCUUUUAACCAGACAGCAAUUCCUCGUGUAUUAGUAACACCAAUAGACUUGGGUCAAAUAACGGAGGGUCACGGGAAUUCACAGCAGCAUGAGGAAUCAAAUAAAAAUGUGCAAACUGAAAAAUCCUCAAACAAAAAAGUCACGAUAGUGGAAGAUUUCGAGACCUUCAGAAAAUCAGCUGUUGAGAAAAGAUGUCGAAGUAGAGGUUCUUCUAUAUCAAGAAUGAGUGCCAAUGCAGCCAUGAAAGCGGGAUUAUUUUCUUGUCAUACGCACAGUCAGGAUCAAUUGAAAGAAUCUGCAAAAUCCCUCUCAAGUCAUGGGGAUCACCUAGGAAACUACAUAAUAGACGAUCCCUAUGAAGAACGCCGUCGAAUGCUACUAGAUAUUGAAAAUUCUUAUGCAAAUAAUCUACUGGAAAGAAAAGAAGAGUUUUUAGAUGAACUUGAUACAUAUAUCACAAUGCAAAAGACAGUUGUUGUUCGAAAGAAUUCUACUGCAGGAGAUGGGGAUCCAAAUGAUCCACUUCAGACGCCGAAACAUGGGGAAACUUCAUUAGAAAAGCUUACUCGCCGAGAAAUGAGGCUUUUAAGGGAACAAGCAAGGCGGCUAUCGCAGGCAGAGGCUAAACUUCGUGGUUUAGAUUUAUUCCAGGAUACACCGAAAUGUAGGUAUUAA